GCGUUUUUAAACGAAGAAUCGAAAACAUUGGAAACAAUGAGUACAAUAUUGCUGAUCUCUCUGCUCGGUCUGUUUGAUGUUGUGCUUGGUUUACCUUGUCUUACCAACGAUUCUAAGAAAGAUUUUGAUAAAACAAGGAGUGCAUUAAAGAAUCUAGAAAGUUAUUUGUCCAACACAGUUAGUACACUCCAGGGACAAGUCAACACAAUAAACAGCAAAGUUAAACAACUUGAUAAAGAUCUGAUUACGAUGGAAGAUGAUUUUAAAAAAAGACAAUGGAGAAAGUACAACGGUCAUUGUUAUUUCUUUGGAACAGAUUUUGUAAACUGGGUUACAGCUGAGAGACGUUGCAGUGAAAUUGGAGGUAUCCUAGUGAAAAUUGACGACGCAUCAGAAACCAAAUGGCUUGUGAAUAAUAUUGUAAGAAAAGGUUAUUAUCAUUGGAUUGGUUUAACAGAUGUUUAUGAAGGAGAUUUCAGAUGGACAUACGAUCAAUCAGCACUAUCGUACAAAAACUUUAAAAGUGGCCAUCCAAAACCUGCCUCUUCAGAUGGAUAUAAGCGUAACUGUGUUUUUUUCCAUCCUUCAACUGGUUGGUGGGAGGAUAUGCUUUGCAGUACUAGAGCGCCCUACAUUUGUGAAAGUAACUUUUGCUUCUAAUGAAAAUAUGAAUACCGGAACAAUACCGAUCCUGACGAAUAGAAUAGAUCAAAUGGAAGUCAUAGUAUUAAAAUUCUUAUGCAAUUGAUUAUAAAA